GUCUGCGCUCGCUGGCUGGAGGGGUCGCUGGGCCUGUCCGGCCUUUCCGGGUCCCCCGCCAGGCUCCGCUCCCUGCCCCCCCCCCGCAGCAGGUAAGAAGGGACCAUGGGAGUUCAAGGACUUUGGAAGCUGCUCGAAUGCACCGGGAGAACCAUAAGCCCAGAAACGCUAGAAGGGAAAAUUCUUGCUGUGGAUAUCAGUAUUUGGUUGAACCAAGCAAUAAAGGGAGCCAGAGAUCGUGGUGGUGUUUCCGUACGGAAUGCUCACCUCCUCACUCUGUUCCAUCGACUCUGCAAGUUACUGUUUUUCCGAAUUCGACCUGUCUUUGUUUUUGACGGAGAGGCGCCUCUUCUGAAGAGACAAACCUUGGCUAAGCGAAGACAAAGAAAGGAAGUUGCCAUCAGUGAUUCCAGGGAAACUACAGAGAAACUCUUGAAAACGCUUUUGAAGAGACAUGUUAUCAAAACUGCUCUUGCGGGAAAAAGCAAUGAAGUUUUGCCCAGUAUUACACAAGUUCGAAGAGGAGAAAUUGAUGAUAUGUACGUAUUGCCUGCUUUAGAAGAUGAAGAGAAGAAUAGCUCGGAGGAGGAGGAAGAAAAAGAAUGGCAAAUGAGAGUGAGCCAAAAAAAGAUGUUGCAAGAACAGUUAUGUGAAAAUCCUUAUGCUGUAGAUAUUGAAUCAGAAGAUUUCAACAAGCUGCCUCCAGAAGUAAAACAUGAGAUCUUGACUGAUAUUAAAGAACUUACAAAGCGAAGAAGAACGUUAUUUGAAGCAAUGCCAGAGGACUCCAAUGAGUUUUCCCAGUACCAGCUUAGGGGCUUGCUUAAAAAAAGCAACCUCAAUCGGUGCAUAGAGAAUGUGCAAAAAGAAAUGAAUCAACAGCACUCGGGUGAAAUCCAAACACAAUAUGAAAAUGAAGGUGGUUUUGUGAAAGAAGUGGAAUCAAGGAGGGUGGUCUCUGAAGAGACUUCUCACUAUAUUCUGAUAAAGGGUAUUCAAGCAAAAGAAGCUAUAAAUAGAGACUUGGAAACUACUGCAGGACCCUCAUCAAAAAUGCUUGAAUUGACUAAAUUGAAUAAAAUCAACGAAUCUCCUGCUAAUGCAAAGCUAGUUGCAUCUGACAAGAUGCAAACAGAGAAAGAUAAUAAUGUGGUGACAGCACCACCCUCUCCUCGGACUUUGCUUGCUAUCCAGACUGCUAUGGUAGAAAGCAACUCAGAAGAAGAACUGGAUACAGAACAAUUGAAUGUAGACCAAUUUGUAACAGAGGAAGGCAGUGUGUCUCCAAGAACACUACGGGCAAUUCAGCAAGCUCUGAGUGAUGAGGAUAAAAGGGAGGAAGUUGUUACUAUUAGAACUGAUGGAGUGCUACCAGAAAGAUCAGAAGUGAAAGAUUUUCUGCUUAGUAGCUCAGAUGAGGAAGAGCAGAUUCCUGAAGUUAAGGAGGGAAAAAACAUACUUACAGCUACAGUUUGUUCGUCAAUCCAAGUGACUAUGCAUGGUGCUGAAUUUGAACAGGAAAGUCAGAAGCUGGAAGAAAAUCAUAUUACACCCAAAGACACAGCUGAAAAUUACUCUUCUACUGACAAUACUAAAAAAGGCAAAGAAGAUGUAAGCAAAGAAGAAAAUGGUUCAAAAAAUUGUAUUGCACCCAAGGAUACCAAUAUAUCCAGAGCGGAAAAUUAUUCAUUUAUUGACAAUACUAGAAAAGACACAGAAGAUUUAGACAAAGAAGAAAAUGGUUCCAAAAAUCAUAUUUCACCCAAAGAUAUCAGUAUAUCCAGAGCUGAAAAUUAUUCUUGUAUUGAAAAUACUAGGAAAGGCAAAGAAGACUUAGAAAAAGAAGAAAAUGGUUCCAAAAUGGACUUAAAGUCUUUGGAAGAUAAGGAUAUGAAUUUGUGUGUGCAGAAGCCAAGUUGUUCCUCUGUACAAACUAGUAUAGGGGCUUUGAUUCAUGCUGCAACAACAGACCUUUCUAAAAAUGAGAAAAACUUGAAAAUUUCUGAAAAUAUAGAGGAAGUAAUUUCACAAACAGAAGAGAAUGUAUCUGAGGUACAGAAACAUAUUAGAGUUUUUCCAGAAGCAAGAGGUCCUGAGGAGGACAGAGAAGGGAUUUCACAGUCUGAAGACAGUGAUUCCGAUGCAAGCUUUAUUGAAGUGGAUACUGAAAUCAGUAAUGAGACUGAGUUUCCUACUAAAUAUGAUGAAAAACUGGGUGAUGAAACAGCACUUUCAGAAGUAGAGACAGACAGACCUGAUGUUGUCACACAGGAGCUGCUGAAGGAGUCUGACGAAGUGCAGUUGGGAAAUGCUCAGAAUGUUGAAAGAGAAGCUGAUAAUAAAGAUGCAGUGGAUGAGUGGCAAGACAUCAGUUUGGAAGAACUAGAAGAAUUAGAAAGGGACCUUUCUACUGAGCAAAAUAUGCUUCAGUCUCAAAAACAGCAGCAGGAGCGUGUUGCUGCUUCUGUAACAGGACAGAUGUUCUUGGAAAGCCAGGAGCUUCUGCGUCUGUUUGGCAUUCCAUAUAUCGAAGCUCCAAUGGAAGCAGAGGCACAGUGUGCCAUACUGGACCUUACUGACCAGACCUCUGGGACAAUCACCGAUGACAGUGAUGUUUGGUUGUUUGGCGCACGACACGUUUAUAAAAAUUUCUUCAGCCAGAACAAAUAUGUAGAAUAUUAUCAGUAUAUUGAUUUGCAAAAUGAGCUAGGGUUGGAUAGAAGCAAGCUAAUUAAUUUGGCGUACUUGCUUGGAAGUGACUACACUGAGGGCAUCCCAAAUGUUGGCUUCGUAACAGCGAUGGAGAUUUUAAAUGAAUUUCCUGGGCAUGGCUUAGAACCACUCUUAAAAUUUGCUGAGUGGUGGAAUGAGGCUCAGAAGAAUAAGAAAUUGAGACCUAAUCCACAUGAUACCAAGGUCAAGAAGAAACUGCGGGAGCUCCAGCUUUCUUCAGGUUUCCCAAAUCCGGCAGUGGCAGAAGCGUACCUGAAGCCUGUGGUGGAUGAGACAAGGAGUUCGUUCACCUGGGGGAAACCUGACUUAGAGCAGAUCAGAGAAUUCUGUAAGGAUCACUUUGGCUGGACUACAACAAAGAUAGAUGGAAUCCUUUUGCCUGUGAUGAAACAACUGAAUGUGCAGCAGACUCAGCUUCGAAUUGAUUCAUUCUUCAGACUAGAGCAGCAUGAAAAACUAACUAUUAAAAGUCAGAGACUGCGCAGAGCUGUGACUUGCCUGAAGAGAAAGGAAAAAGAAGCAGACGAUGAAAUUCAGGAGAUCACUGCUGUUACAGAGAUGGAACCUGAACAGCAUGAGAAAACAAAAGGGGAAGGUACCACAGGCUGCGCAAAUCUAACUGUGGCAACAAAAGCCCAGAGGGGAAAGAGAAGAAAACACUCAGAUUCCAGAAAAGAAUGUUUAUAUGGAGGUGGUUUUAUUGGAAAUUUGCAUCUUUCAGAAACUUCUAGUGACUCCUCAGAGGACUCAGAUAGUAGAGAUUUAGGCAAGAGCAAAGGGAGGAAAAACACCUCUACGAUAGAGACUGCAGACCAUAAAGAGAAAAAGGGGUGCAGUAGCUCAAGUGAUGAGGAUGAAGACCUGGGAAAUGUAGUCAUGGUGACUGCCAAACCUGUGUUUGAGGGCAGAAAAAACAAAUCACGGGGCAAGAGAGGAAUAAGAAAGAAAAAGUCUUAAAGAAGAAAAGUAAUAAAAAGGGCAGACUCUUGUGGCAUUUAUGAUUUAAGCUUUGUAAAUAUUCUAAUGAAUUUUUGAUAAAAUAUAAUAAAUUAUUUCUAUUUGUUAUGUA